UUUUUUUUUUUUUUUUUAAUUCAAUUAUCGUAGAUUACAGGUACAUACCUAAGCAUAACGUCGUUGGAACCUUCCUGUCGGCGUUCUGCCCCUCAGUAAAAUAAUAGUUCAGUCUAAAAAUUUAAUCAUUUUCCUUUUUUUCCCAUCUGCAUCAAUAAUCUUCAAGAUGACUAAUGACGAAUCCUCAAAUUUGAUUGACCCCUCUAUCUUUGAGUACCUCAAGGCCCAUGGCGAAGAGGAACUCGUGGUUGGCGACAAGCUUCAUCAGAUCACGGCUACUCUAAACCGUCACAUCUCAACCUGCCAAGGCCUUCUUAGUCGCAUUCACUCGACACCCAGUUCUAAGCUAACUCCACUUCUGAAGCACGUCGAUGAUGAUGGUAUCAAGCCCGAGAUUGAGAGCGUUAGCGAGCUAGCCCAGUUCACCUCCAACUACCCCUACUACAAGUAUAAUGGCCGAUGGACCAGAAGUAUCCAGAACGUUGUCGGCACUAUCUUGAUAACUGGAUGGUUGGGUGGCUUGGAAACCGAGUCUCGCCCAGGCGAGAUUGGUCGUCUACUUACUAUUGAGGAGGUCGGACAAAUCCUAAAGGUGCCCGUCAAUCUCAAGGACAAAGAUGCAUUCCAUAUCACCAUUGAGGAAUACAUCCUAGCCUUGACAGAUAUUACUGAGGAGCUCAGCCGUCUUGCUAUGAACUCAGUGACCAUGGGCGACAUCGACUUGACUGUCCGAAUCAGCGGCUUCAUCAAGGACCUAUUUGCCGGCUUCCAGCUCCUGAACCUGAAGAACGAUAUCGUUCGCAAGAGAGUCGAUGCAGUCAAAUACCAUGUCAAGAAGGUUGAGGAUGUCAUCUACGAUCUAUCACUUCGCAAUCUAAUCCCCAAGCAAGAAGCAAGCUCUUGAUUUGAGCUAUCUACCAAGGAUCUUAUGAGCCCCUCAAUGGGCUUGCCUAGGUAGCUACACAUAGAUAGGUACAUAGGUAUUCUUCGCUUAUCUAGCCUAGGGAAUGGUUGAAACCACUGUUUGCGCUUGGGACAGUCACACAGUUGCUCGCUGAGUUCCUAGCACUAAUAAAACCCAUUUUCAAAUACCUGUGCCAUCUUUCCUAGAAGCUAUAGAGUUGAAAA